GUCAGAGCAGCCACAACUGCUCUACAUGUGCAACUCGCUGCUCUUACCCAGAGAUGCUUUCAGUGAGCAGACUGACAAUAGGACAGGAGAAGAGAGUAGGGGGUCAACUGGAAACCGCUUCAAUGUGACAGGAACAGGAAGUGGUAAACAGAGCAAGAUACCCGGCUUUGGGAUGUAUUUAACUUAAAUCUGGAGGGAGUAGCUUCAGCCUCAUCCUGUCUGACACCUGUUUGACUGUUUGGAGGCGAAAUGACACAAAACCAUGCUGGGACUGCCAACGGUACCGCCACCAAGAAGGGAGAAGAACUUAAAAUUGUGAUAGUGGGAGAUGGAGGCUGUGGGAAAACAUCACUUCUGAUGGUUUAUGCUAAAGGUGACUUUCCAGAGAAAUAUGCGCCAUCAGUGUUUGAAAAAUAUGUCACCACGAUCUCUCUCGGGGGAAAAGAGAUUAAGCUCAACCUGUACGACACAGCCGGACAGGAGGACUAUGACCGACUACGACCGCUUUCAUACCAAGAUGCCCAUCUGAUUUUAGUCUGCUUUGAUGUGACCAACCCUACCAGCUAUGAGAAUGUCUUGAUAAAGUGGCACCCAGAAGUGAAGCACUUCUGCCGUGACACCCCGGUCAUCCUGAUUGGCUGCAAGACUGACCUCAGGAAGGAUAAAGAGUGUGCAAGGAAGCUCAAGGCCAUGGAUCAGGCUCCCAUCACCUACACACAGGGUGAGGAGACCCGGGAGCAGAUGAACGCGGAGCUCUACCUCGAGUGUUCGGCAAAGUACCAGGAGAACGUGGACGACAUUUUCAGGGAGGCCACCAAACGAACUUUGGCCUACCACAGAAAACAAAGGAACCACAGGAGGAAGAAGAAAUGUGUCAUUUUGUGAGGUCAAAAUAAGACUUAUAAAACCACUCAUUAGCACUGAGAUUUGUGGGACAUUCAGAGAGCAAAGAUGGUUGGUGUCCUGGACAAAUGUGGAGACAGCUGUAUGACCACUGAGAGAGGACUCAUCAGUCCCAGUUACUGAACAGGCCUUUACUGUCACAAGAAAUGUCUAAUGACGUAACAGGAAGGACGAUUUUGCAAGAAGCAGCACAGUUGUGUGCAGUUUAAAGUGCCUUCUGUCAAUGUGUUUUAACUUUUGUACAAUAUUUUUUUAGUAAUUUUUUACUGAUAGAAGACUAUGUGUCAUAUCUAAAUCUGUGUUUUGUUGAAUGUAUAUCUAUUGUAGGAAUUUAAACUGUUAUUUUUUUGUAAACCCAGACUUUCCAAAAGGUUUUAGUGCUGCCAGUUUAAAUGUCUGAAUCUGCUGUGAAAGCUGCUGGUAGAAAACAUAUUCCCCAAACAUAAUAGUUGGUGAAAUUCAAUAUAUCAUGGUACUGUAGCUUUAAAAGUCUUGAGUAACAGGGUUCUUCAUUUCCAGUAAAACAAAACACUGACCUAGAAUUUGUUUUGGGGCAUUGUCAACUUCAAGCAGGGGGCUCUUGUCUUUACUAACAGCACCCACUAGUGUUGGAAAAAGUGAAUGUUUGCAGUGGCUGCACAAUUUAGGGAUUUCCACUUUAGUCACACAGUAAACUGAAGGAACACUGGAAUAAAUAAAUCUAUUUUCUGCCCAAUUGCACAAUAAAUGCAGAAAUAGCAUUCAUUUUUAAUGAGGUGUUUAAUUAUUAAUAUAUAUUUUUUUACAACAAUGUACACAGAUUGAGAAACUGUCAACUGUCUCGUUACUGAUCAUUCUCAGGCACCAGUUACAGUCACCAAAUGAACAAUGAAAACAUUGUUUAACAUCAGCUACAUCGUAAAAAUGAGGAAAUCAAGUUGUUUUGUGCAUUCUGGCAGCUCUCAAGUGUAACAUUUUGGUCUGUAACCCGACAUGCUUCGGUCUUCCCUCAAUAAAAGUGAUACAUAGA